UUCAUUAGACAUGUCCUAUCAUUUAAGACGCUGCUACAGUCAGUAACGGAAUAUACAAGUGAGUUCCAUACUAAAAAGGAUCCAAGGUACAAAGAUUGCCAAAGAUUAGGUUUAACAAAAAACAUGGAAAGAUGUGCUACCGAAAGCAAAGAAGAUUUUGAGAAAAUAAAAACAGGGAAUACAUGUACCUGGCCUUUAGGGAGUAUUUCAUCUUUAUAAAAAAAACGUCAGAGCCUACACAUACAGAAAGUUAUCGACAAUGGCAAUGCCAAUAUAAUGAAUGAAUUUGACCAACAGGACGCACAAACAUAUAUUUUGGUUAAUGAACGAAAGUCGAGGUUUAAAUCAGAAUGUACUGAAAGCAUGGCUUUUUCAGAAGAUGAAUUACCUUUAAUGAAAGAAGAGCAUUUUGCUACUAAACAAGAUAUAAGCGACUCCCAUAACAAUUUGAAAUCUGAAUCCUCGUGUAAUUUAAGUGGCACCAAGGACGUUGAUUUAAUGACGAAUAAGCCGCAAGAAAGUAGAAAACGAUCGGGGAAUUCGUAUGGACACAUACCAAUGGUAAAUGUUACCGUUGACCAACAUAAAUUUGAUACAAAAGAACAUACAGAAAACAAAUCAAUAUCUAAUGUUGUAAAUAGUAGCUAUCUAGGCAAACAUACUAAAAUGACAGAAUCAGUAGAUAAAAAAUCAAAUAACUCUGAAAUAAACAACAAUAACCAUGCUAGAAACUUGUUAAUUGCGACAUUUUUACUUCUAUUAUUCUUAGUAAUUCCUUUGGUGGGUUGGAGUGUCUAUGUUUAUUUGCGACCACCUGCAUGUGAACCUCCAACUACAGGUGAACCUCUCGUCUCUACAAAAAUCCAAACGAAUGUCAUCCAGUCAGCGACUUUUAAUAUGAACCGAACUGCUCAUCAGUUAAUCGGUAAAAUGGCAAAUGUAAAUGUUACCUGGCAAAAUCAAAUUGCUUCGUUUCUCAGAUCUUAUGGAGACACAGUCGUGGUAAAACAGAAUGGAACUUUCCAUAUUGUAGCAACAAUUAAUUUAGACACAUCAAGCGUCAGUGAUAAAAUUUCGUCUAAAGUGAUUGACAGGGAUAGAUUUCGUUCACUUUCAUGUAUCAAUAUGAGCAGGUACACUGUAGACGAAGUAAAUACAUGUCAAAGAACUAAUCUACCACCUUAUACAGCAGUUCCUGUAACAUUGGGUCCGGUAGUUGUACCUUUAAUGAAGGGAGAUCGGAUAUGGGUAAGCGUACUUGGUAUAAACCAAGUACAACGAAUAGGUACUAAACUAGUUAUUACACAGUAUUUAGGUGGCAUUGGUUGAAAGAAGACAACUGUAAAAGUAAAAAGUGAACGGCGUCAUUGCCGUCUGAUCUACAUACAGCUAAAAGUGGUAAUACUAAUUUGUCCAAAGCUGCCAGCAUUUCAAAGCGCCACCCUCUUCAGGAGAGAAAAUGUUCAGCUACAGUAAAUUAUGUGUUCAAAUUUGAGAUCACUGCCACUCAACAAACAUUGUAGCCAGUGAAGAUAGUGACAUGAAGUUACGUGUGAACGAUAUACUGCUUCCAAUUUAUGGAGAAAUGAACUUAUUAAUUUGAUACAGCAUUCGAAAUGUUUGAGGGUAAAAUUAAUUUCAAGAAUAUAUACUAGUAUUAUAUAAAAAAAAAAUCAUU